UCCCCGCCCCUGCCCGACGACGAUUGGCUGCAGUGCGCGGAGGCGCCUCGUCCAUUGGCGAACCGCAACGUCCGUCCGGCUCGGGCGCCGCCGCCGCCGCCGCCAUGGUUCGCUUCAAGAACAGGUACGUGCUGUGCGAGGUGGUUUCGGAGGACCCGCGGUGCCGGCAGUGCAUCGAGGACCGCGCCGUGGGCCUCGCCGUCAGGGACGCCAUCGGGCGGGUGCACGGGGACUACGGCCUGGCCUGCUGCUCCAUCUCCUUCACAGUGAAGUACCUGAACGCCUACACCGGGACCGUGCUCCUGCGGUGCCGCAAGGACUCCUACAGGCUGCUCUGCUCCGCGCUCCCCUUCGUGAGGCAGCUGGAGAGCCGGAACCAGCGGUACCCCUGCUUCCUCAACACCCUGCACGUCGGAGGUACCAUAAGAACAUGUCAGAAAUUUCUAAUUCAGUAUAACAGAAGACAGCUGCUGAUGUUGUUGCAAAACUGUACAAAUGAAGAGGAAAGACGGUGUAUACAGAAGUCCUUGUUGAGCUGUUCCCUUACAGAAGAGCAGUCUCAAAGUGGAGAUGAGGAAGAUGAUGACGGCACAGAGACAGACUGAAUGUUGUUACUGUUCACCUCUGUCCUGUACUUGUGUAAUCAAGGUGUUACCAGUUAUCUUCAGUGUUAAGCAAAGCGGGGGGGGCAGAAAAAGCAUCUGUUCAUAUUUAGACUUCAUUACCCCAUUCCACAUGUUCUUCAAUAAAUAAACCAGUUUUACUUAA